AUGCCUGGUGCGGCGCGCGGUGGUUCAAACGUCAUUGACGUCAUGAGAGGCGAUUCCGGAACUCCAGGAGCGGGACAACGCCGCCCCCAGCGAAAGAAGGUGAAGACGAGAAGGGCGAUAGAGUCAAAGCUACAAGAAGAUAUGGAUUGGGAAGAGGAAAGCAACAUUGAGAAAAUGCCGAGAAAUCACAAGAAUCGCACCAUCCGGGUUGCAGCAGCCGACGAGGCGAGGGACGAGACCCGAGAAUCAGAACAAACCGUGGAUCAUGACCUUAACAACAAAUUGAACAUCAUGAAAGCAGAAAUUCAGACGGAAUUCAAAAAACUUAAGGACCAUAUGGCAGAGGAGAUCGCCAAAAUGACGGCCCAGCUGACUCAAGAGCUGGCACAGGCGCGAGAGGAGCUCACUCAAGCCCGCAGUGAGCUCGAGCAGACCAAGAUACAGCUACACACCAUGACUAGAGCUCAAGAGACCCCAUCGUAUCGACCGACGUAUGCAGACAUCGCCCGACAGACCCCUCUGGUCAGCAUUCCCACCCCGCCGACCUCCACCGGUCGGCCGGCGACACCGGAACCGACGUUCUGCAUCGUGGACAUGUCAAGGGUUCCGGAGGAUCAUGCCAGUGAAGCUACACCAGUAGCGCUUCGCAAGCUCAUUGAGCAUGAUAUGCGUGCGCCUGGCGACCAACCCAGCUGGCGCUGUGUUGCCGUCACAAGAGAUAGAGGAAGCACCAAUCGUCUUAGGGUCAUCAGUAGGAACGAAGGGGAAUUGAAGAAGAUCAAAGACAUCGUCGAAGCAAAGAAAACGCCGGGUGCGAGAGUCCUUCGACAUCAGCUAGACUCCUCAAUGAAGGCUUCUUCUACGCCGGAGGAGAAUCAGGGUAUACGGGGGUGUUCGAACGUCGGAUGCGGCCGGACCAGUGCUACAACUGCCAGCAGAUCGGCCACAAAGCGUUCCAGUGCAGAAACCGUCAAGCGUGCGCCAAGUGCGGCAAGGAUGGUCACCACCAUCGCAGCUGCAGCGAAGUGGUUGCCAAAUGCAUCUUAUGCGGCGGCCCACAUGAAUCAUUUAGCAGAAGCUGCCAGAGGCUCUACCCAUCUCGUCAUGAGUAGAACGCUCCGCCUAAUCCAGCUUAAUGUGAGGAAGCAAGGUGUGGUGCACGAAAGCUUGAUGAACGACAAGGACAUUCAGAACGCAACAGUCUUGGCCAUCCAGGAGCCUCAUGCACGUAGGAUUCAUGGCCGACUCUUCACAACCCCCAUGGGACAUCACAAGUGGAUCAAGAUGGUUCCCUCGACUUGGAGGGAAGGCAGAUGGGCAGUUCGAAGUAUGCUUUGGGUGAACAAGGACGUGGAGGCGGAACAGGUACCGAUAGGGUCGCCGGACAUGACAGCAGCAAUCUUAAGGCUCCCCGGUCGGCGAGUCUUGGUAGUAUCGGUCUACGUACCAAAGCAGGACCCUCAAGCUCUACGGGAGACGUGCGACAAUUUACACAAGACAAUCAUGGGUGCAAGACGAGACGCGGGCACGACGGUAGACGUGGUAAUUGCCGGAGAUUUCAACCGGCACGACCAGCUGUGGGGAGGAGACGAUGUAUCUGUGGAAAUACAAGGAGAGGCAGAUAGUAUCAUCGACCUGAUGAACGAGUUUGCCUUCGCAGUCUGCUUCGACGGGGCACAAAGACAUGGCAUCUCGGGGAUUCCAACACGACCAUCGACCUGGAACCGUGCUCGGACCGAACGACGAGCCGGGCGACCCUUGGUGGACUUGGAGGAAAUGGCGAAAGCGGCUGCGAAACAGUACCACGACGCUAUCCGGCAACAGAAGAAGAAGCACUGGGACGACUUUCUUGAAGACAACAGCAAUAUCUGGAAGGCUGCCAAAUACCUAAAGUCUAGCGACGACAUAGCGUUCGGGAAGGUGCCACAGCUCGUCAGAGCAGACGGAACAGCCACGGCCGACCACAGAGAACAAGAAGAAGAACUCCUAACCACCUUCUUUCCUCCCCUUCCAGAGAGGAUUGAAGAUGAAGGUGCUAGACCGCAGCGAGCUCCCGUAGCAAUGCCGCCGAUCACCAUGGAAGAGGUAGAGCGACAACUAUUCGCAGCCAAAUCUUGGAAAGCACCUGGGGAGGACGGCUUACCGGCGAUAGUAUGGAAGCAGACUUGGCCAGUGGUCAAGUACCGUGUUCUCGCACUAUUUCGAGCAUCUCUGGAGCAUAGCACACUGCCCAGUCAAUGGCGACACGCCAAGAUCAUACCGCUUAAGAAGCCCGGCAAGGACGACUACAGUGUUGCCAAAGCCUGGAGACCGAUCUCACUUCUAGCAACGCUCGGCAAGCUGCUGGAGUCGGUCGUCGCCGAAAGGAUCUCACAUGCGGUUGAGACAUAUGGGCUCCUCCCGACCAACCACUUCGGAGCGCGCAAGCAACGAUCGGCGGAGCAAGCGCUCAUACUCCUCCAGGAACAGAUUUACACCGCCUGGAGAGGUCGAAAGGUAGCAAGUCUGAUCAGCUUUGAUGUGAAAGGAGCCUACAAUGGGGUCUGCAAGGAAAGACUUCUUCAGCGGAUGAAGGCACGAGGCAUCCCAGACGAGCUGCUCCAAUGGACAAACGCCUUCUGCUCGGAGCGCACAGCCACAAUUCAAGUCAAUGGAUAUACAUCCGAGAUUCAAAGCCUACCUCAGGCUGGUCUACCUCAAGGCUCUCCCCUAUCCCCGACCUUAUUCCUCUUCUUCAACGCGGACCUGGUACAACGACGAAUCGACAGCCGUGGUGGUGCGAUAGCCUUCGUGGAUGACUUUACAGCGUGGAUCACGGGACCUACGGCGCAGAGCAACCGAGAAGGCAUAGAAGCCAUCAUCAGGGACGCCCUAGACUGGGAGACAAGGAGUGGUGCGACCUUCAAUGUCCAGAAGACAGCAAUCAUACACUUCACUCGCACAAUCUAUAAGACCGACGCACAACCAUUCACCAUCAAGGGGCAGAUUGUCAAGCCUCAAGACCAUGUCAAGGUCCUUGGCAUACUCAUGGACACAAAACUAAAGUACAAAGAACACAUUUGGAGGGCUGCGUCCAAAGGCCUGGAAGCAGCGAUGGAACUGAAACGCCUCCGAGGUCUGUCCCCAUCAACGGCGCGGCAGCUGUUUACAUGCACAGUUGCCCCCGUGGUAGACUACGCCUCCAAUGUGUGGAUGCACGUAUGCAAGAAUAAACUCGCAGGACCCAUCAACAGGAUCCAGAGAGUGGCGGCGCAAGCCAUCGUGGGGACCUUCCUCACAGUGGCAACGAGCGUAGCGGAAGCAGAAGCUCAUAUUGCCAGCGCACAAGAUCGGUUCUGGAGACGGGCCAUCAAACUAUGGACCGAUAUUCACACCCUGCCAUACACCAACCCAUUACGCAGAAACACGUCUCAAAUGCGAAAGUUCAGGAAAAGCCACCGCUCGCCACUCUACCAGGUGGCAGACACACUGAAAGACAUCGCAAUGGACGAGCUGGAAACCAUUAACCCGUUCACAUUGACACCUUGGGAGAACCGUGUACAAACUGUCACUAACGAGCCGACGACAACACGCCGGAAUGCCAACGACGAUAUUAUAUGCAUCGCCGUAAGCAGCUCGGCGCGAAACGGCCUGGUGGGAGUUGGCGGAGCUGCGACGCUGCCGGCAUCUGCAUACGGCACCCCAAAACUUGGGACCUUCUCCUCUACGCUUGGCUCAAGGUCAGAACAAAAUCCAUACUCUAGGGAACUUGCGGCCAUCGAACGAGCAUUAGGCACACUGCCAACGUUUAGAUCUAGCCGCAUCGAGCUCUCAACACGCAACAAAGCGGCUGUUCUCGCGAUCCGACACGCUCGACGACAGUCCGGGCAACGGCACAUCUGCCAGAUAUACCAAUCAAUCAGAGAACUACGCAGGAACGGAAACACAGUAUCAAUACGAUGGUUCCCUGCAAGAGAAGAAAACAAGCUUUGGGAAAUCGCCAAGGGGAACGCAAAACAUGCCACUCGACAGGGCGCCGCUCCGGAAGUACAAAUGCCCAGGAUGCGGUCGACAACCCUCAACGUAGCACGGUCCAAGAGAGACAGCAGCAAUCACCUGCCAGACAAAGUCGGAGCUCAUUCCAAGCGAGUCGACGCAGCACUACCAGGGAAACACACCCAACUGCUGUACGAUCAUCUAUCUCAUAAGGAGGCUGCCAAACUUGCUCAGCUCAGAACAGGCAUGGCAAGGCUCAACGGUUACCUCCACCGAAUCGGAGUAGCACCGUCAGACCAGUGCGCAUGUGGACAAGCAAAAGAGACAGUGGACCACUUCCUAUUCCGAUGCACAAAAUGGACAGCGUACCGAAGAAAGAUGCUCGAAUGGUCGCUGACCGUGAGCUUCGUGGGAAAUGCGGGAAAUGCGGGAAAUGCGAAAAAUGCCAAAAAGGCAAAAAAGGCAAAAACUGCGCAGGGCAAACGCACAUACGGCCCAGGCGAACGGGUCGACGUGCUGCCUAAUUGUGUGUAUGAGAUGACCGCGGGCAGCGAAGGCUGCACGAGAGUUAUGGGGGCAGCUACGGCGACUACCUUUUGCCUCAACAACUUUUCCUUGGCAAGGAUCAUUGUUUGUGUGGCGUGA